AAGUUAUAUCAAUACCAACUGUUUCAACCUUUGCAGAUAAUACGUUAGUCUCUAAUGUAUUUACUGGAUCAUCAGAAACUCCUGAUUCACCCAAGAUUAAUGGAGGUUCAUCACCUAGAUUUACAGCUAUAAUGAAUUCUCAUUCCGCUUUGCUGUAUCCUAUUAAUCAGUACGCAACAAGCAGCACUUCACCAAAUAAAGCGACAAAUGGAAUGCUAAAUGCUUCUGCUAAAUCGCAAUACUCUGUACCUGCCAUACAAAAUAAAGAUUUGCCCAAUAGUUGA